UAAAAGAUGAGAAGGAGAGAGAAGGCUCAUUCCUUCUUCACCUUUUUAUCCCAUUACCUGCUGUUGUACCCAGCCCUUCCCUGUCUUCACUAAUCCUUUGCCUUCUAUCUGCCAUGCCCAGCGCUGGGCUCUGCACAGUCUUGCUCUCUCUCCCUCUUUGCUCUCUCAUUUUUGGAGAGCAGCAGCAGUGCAAGUUGCUGGGGAAGUGGUGCAGGAAUUUAGCCCAGAUGCUCUUCAAACAGGCCGAUCUCUGGAUCCCCAACCAAGGCAAAUGUCGCAAAGAUGAGAUGACCUCAAGUUUGGGCCUUACCACAAAGAAGGCCCUCACGAUCCUGAGAGACCAGUUGUCAGCACUGCUGGAGGGGCAUCAGAAGGAACGGAAAAAAGUGACUUCAUGGAAGGAGGUGUGGAGGAGCAGUUUUCUGUACCAUGGUAACCGCUGCUCCUGUUUCCACUGGCCUGGUGCAUCUCUGAUGCUGCUGGCAGUGCUGCUGCUGCUGUGCUGCUAUGGGAGCCAGCCACAGGGGAGCCAAGGUGCUGAGAUAGUUAAUGCAGUGGCACUCUUCCUCCUGCUCCUCCUGGAUCUCCUCAUGAUCGGGCGUCAGGAGAGGCUGAAGUGCAGAGAGGUGGAGAGGAGACUUCAGACAGUCGUUGAUAAGAUAAAUGAUACACUUGGCAAAGAGGUGAAAUGGCCAGACUCCAUGUACCCUGACCUUCACAUGCCUUAUGCCCCAUCCUGGUCCCUUCACUGGGCCUACAGGGAUGGGCAUCUUGUCAACCUGCCCGUGAGCCUCUUGGUGGAAGGAGAUGUUGUUGCUUUGAGGCCAGGCCAGGAGUCAUUUGCUUCUCUGAGAGGGAUUAAGGAUGAUGAGCACAUAGUUCUGGAGCCAGGAGAUCUGUUUCCACCUUUCUCACCCCCACCCUCCCCAAGGGGAGAAGUGAAGAAGGGACCUCAGAACCCUCAGCUGUAUCGUCUCUUCCGUGUCUUGAAGACCCCAAUAAUUGAUAACGUCAGGUGGUGUCUGGAAAUGGCUUUGUCACGGCCUGUGACAGCCCUGGAUAACGAGAGAUUCACUGUGCAGUCAGUGAUGCUGAAGUACGCUGUCCCCAUUGUGCUGGCUGGAUUCCUGAUCACCAAUGCCGUGCGCUUCAUUUUCAAAGCUCCUGGAAUUGCUUCUUGGCAGUACACUCUUCUUCAGCUACAGGUGAAUGGUGUCUUACCCAUCCUUCCGUUGCUCUUUCCUGUCCUGUGGAUUCUUGCUACAGCCUUUGGAGAAGCCAGAGUCUUGGCCCAGAUGAGCAAGGCCUCAUCCAACUCACUGCUUGCUAAGUUUUCAGAGGACACUCUCAGCAGCUACACAGAGAUGGUAUCUUCUCAGGAAAUGAUCCGCUGUAUCUGGAGUCACUUCCUCUGUGUUUUAAAAGGCAAAUCCCCAACUCUGAGCUUCACUUCCAGCUUGCUCCACAGUCUGGGAUCUGUCACUGUGCUCUGCUGUGUAGACAAGCAGGGGAUUCUUUCGUGGCCAAACCCCAGCCCAGAGACUGUUCUGUUCUUCAGUGGGAAGGUGGAACCACCUCAUGAUAGCCAUGAAGAUCUGACUGAUGAGCUCUCUACACGGUCCUUCUGCCAUCCUGAGAUGGAAGAUGAGCCCCAUGAAAGAGAUGCUUUGCUCUCUGGGCCCUUGGCAGACACAGUCCACAUGGCCAAUGAACAAGAGAGGAACAACUGGUCUAGUGAUCCUCCAAAGCCUCCCGAUGGCCUUGCCCACCGAAAGCCAAACAGCAGAAGCAAACAUCCCUCUGGAUCCAAUGUGAGCUUUAGCAAGGACACGGAGGGUGGAGAGGAGGAACACACUCAGGUUGUUGGGGACAGCGAGGUGUUGGCUUGUGAGGCCGAAGACUUCGUGUGUGACUACCACCUGGAGAUGCUGAGCCUGUCCCAAGACCAGCAGAACCCCUCCUGCAUCCAGUUUGAUGACUCCAACUGGCACAUGCACCUGAAUUCCCUGAAGCCCCUGGGCCUGAACGUGCUGCUCAACCUCUGCAACGCCAGCGUGACAGAGCGGCUGUGCCGCUUCUCUGACCACCUCUGCAACAUCGCCCUCCAGGAAACACACAACGCUGUGCUGCCUGUCCACGUGCCCUGGGGCCUCUGUGAGCUUGCCAGGCUCAUAGGUUUCACACCAGGUGCUAAAGAUCUCUUCAAGCAGGAGAACUAUUUGGCCUUGUACCGCCUGCCAAGUGAUGAGAUGGUUAAGGAAACAAUCCUGGGGAAGCUUUCGUCCAUCACCAAGAGGAGACCCCCCCUGAGCCACAUGAUUAACCUGUUUGUGAAGGACACCACUACCAGCACUGAGCAGAUGUUUUCCCAUGGGACAGCUGACAUCAUCCUCGAGGCCUGCACAGACUUUUGGGAUGGCACAGAUAUCUACCCCCUCUCUGGCUCUGACAGGAAGAAGGUGUUGGAUUUCUACCAGCGAGCCUGCCUGUCAGGAUACUGCUCUGCCUUUGCAUACAAGCCAAUGCAUUGUGCCUUGUCCUCCCAGCUCAAUGGGAAGUGCAUAGAGCUGGUGCAGGUCCCGGGGCAGAGUGCUAUCUUCACGUGCUGUGACCUCCCUGGGACAACCCCCAUCAAACAGAGCAGCAGGAGGAAUAGCUGGAGCUCAGAUGAAGGGAUUGGGGAAGUGAUGGAGAAGGAAGACUGUAUCCAGGCUCUGAGUGGACAGAUCUUCAUGGGAAUGGUCUCAUCUCAGUAUCAGGCCCGUCUUGACAUUGUCCGCCUCAUUGAUGGACUGGUCAAUGCCUGCAUCCGUUUUGUCUACUUCUCCCUGGAGGAUGAGCUCAAAAGCAAGGUGUUUGCUGAGAAGAUGGGUCUGGAGACCGGCUGGAAUUGCCACAUAUCCUUAACACCCAACGGUGACGUGCCUGGCUCAGAAAUCCCUCCCUCCAGCCCCAGCCACGCUGGUUCCCUGCACGAUGACCUGCACCAGGUUUCUCGAGAUGACGUGGAGGGGCUUCUGCUCAUGGAAGAGGAAGGGCACUCGGAUCUCAUCAGCUUUCAGCCAACAGACAGUGAUAUCCCCAGCUUCCUGGAGGACUGUAACAGGGCCAAACUCCCUCGGGGGAUCCACCAGGUGAGACCUCACCUGCAGAACAUUGACAAUGUGCCUUUGCUGGUGCCUCUCUUCACAGACUGCACCCCAGAGACCAUGUGUGAGAUGAUCAAGAUCAUGCAGGAGUAUGGGGAGGUGACUUGCUGUCUGGGAAGCUCUGCCAACCUUCGGAACAGCUGCCUCUUCCUGCAAAGUGAUAUCAGUAUAGCACUGGACCCUCUCUACCCAUCUCGCUGCUCCUGGGAGACCUUUGGCUAUGCCACCAGCACCACCCUGACCAACGUCUCUGAUGAGCUCACCCCCCUGCAGCUCUCAGGGCAGCUCAACAGCCUGCCCUGCUCCAUGUCCUUCCGCCAAGAAGAGAGUACCAGCAUCAUCAGGCUGAUAGAGCAGGCCAGGCAUGCGACGUACGGGAUCCGCAAGUGCUUCCUCUUCCUGCUGCAGUGCCAGCUGACCUUGGUUGUCAUUCAGUUCCUCUCCUGCCUGGUGCAGCUGCCCCCCAUCCUCAGCACCACAGACAUCGUGUGGCUCUCCUGUUUCUGCUACCCACUGCUCAGUAUCUCGCUCCUGGGCAAGCCUCCUCACAGCUCCAUCAUGACCAUGGCAACAGGAAAAAACUUGACUUCCAUUCCCAAGAAGACUCAGCACUACUUCCUGUUCUGCUUCCUGCUGAAAUUCAGCCUGACCAUCUGCUCCUGCCUCAUCUGCUUUGGGUUCACACUGCAUGAGUCCUGCAAAGAGGUGAACACCACCAGCCUCAAUCUCACAGCCUGCUCCUCCAUCAUGCUGCACAGCAAUGCUGAUGGUGCUCCUGACUGGUUUGGGACGUUUUCCAAUGCUCUUCUUGUAGCCCAGAAGCUCACAGCUGGCCUGAUUGUUUUACACACAGUGUUCAUAUCCAUCACCCACGUCCAUCGCACCAAACCCCUGUGGAAGAAGAGCCCCCUCUCCAACCGCUGGUGGACGCUCACUGUGGCUGUUGUAUUGCUGGGGCAAGUGGCACAGACUGUGCUGGACCUGAAACUCUGGGAAAACCUCAAUUCUUCUUUGACCUUUAACCAUGUUUCCAUCUCCCCGGUCUCAUGGCUCCUGGGUUUUCUUUCCUUGGUCCUUGUGGUUAUCAUCAAUGAGAUUGUCAAGCUGCAUGAAAUCAGGGUCCGGGUCCGUUACCAAAAGAGGCAGAAGCUGCAGUUUGAAACCAAGCUGGGGAUGAAUUCGCCAUUUUAAAUGCUCCGAGCUCAAGUUCCCUGGAGCCAGGGCCAAACAGCCACGUCCUGCACUGGGAGAGAGGCUGCACCAAAGGCUCAGGGAGCUUUCCCUCACACAUGCAAACCAGACAGCCUCCUGGCAAAAGAACAUCAGCACCUUCCCGGGGCCCCAGGCAGGGAUCCCCCCCAGGUAUGCAGCCCCUCCCCAGCCUGCCAGGGUACACUCACAGGAGCCUGCAAGCUCUGGUGCCUCUUCAGGCUGCUCUUCCUUUAUUUAUUUAUUGCUAGAGGUAUUUGUUAGUAUCAUGGUGAUGCUGAAAUGAAGCGACUCCUUUCCUCUGUGUGAGCAAAUGGGUUUCCUGGGCCUGGCAGGAGAAUCUGGGGCCUGCAGGGGAGAUGUAGGUCUGCUGAAGCAAGAGAUCUCUAUUGAAACCUGUUUUGUUUUCCCAUCUCUGCCUGCUCUCCCUGUGUGCAUGCCUGUGCAUGCCCUCACCCGCCUCCCUGUCCCUGUGUCCUGGGGCAAAGGAGCCAUCCCUCUUGCAGUUCCAGGAGUGCUGGGAGCCAGGUGGGGACUGGAGCUCCCAUUCCUGAGGGGACAAUGGGAAGGGUCUCUGGCAGGGCGCUGGGACAGCCAGGCUGGGCCAGGCCUGCCCUCUAGUGUUGUUGCUGUAUCCUUAUCCCGGCUGUUGAGUGCUUCAGAAGAGGGAUGAGACACGGCUUUAGGAAAAGCUGCCCCCGUUUGACUGUCUGAUCUGGUGCAGAGGGAGUCAGGAGGGCAGCUCUGCCUGCCUGCAGGGAGCCAGCAUGGCUCAGCUUCCUCCAGCCCUGUUGAACGAGCUUUUAUCUGCUUUAACAACCCCAGAGAGGUUUAUAACCGUUCUCCUGUUUGUGAUCCGAAUUGCUGUUCUGCUUCAGUAACAUGCCUGCUUGAGAGAGCCACAGCCAGAGAUAAAACCUGAGCCUGCCUAUCCUACCCUGGAGGGAGGGGAUGUCUUUCCUGGCAGGAUAUCUGCAACUUGCAGUUGUGACUAAGACAGAGCUGGUGGAUGGCUCCUUCCCCAGUCCCAGGAUUGUGCUGCAUCCAGUAUGUUCUCUCCGAGGCAC